AUGUGUUGCUCUGGUGGGAAAGUCUUACUUCCACGUGUUCCUCCUCCACAUGAGCUUCUUCAAAUAUUUUCAGAUCAAACAUCUGAAAGUAGACAUUUUAGACAACAUAUAAGAAGUUACAAUCAUGUCUUCUCAUUCACUUCUCUUGGUGUUCAUAUGGAUGAAACUAUAGUAGCAAAUGGUCGUGGUAUAUAUAGUUUUCGUGCUCAAGGUGCAAUUUAUCAUAGGAUAGGAGGAUUUUAUCCAAAUGAUGGGUCCAGACCCCGGGUUUUGCAGUUGUACAUUUAUGACACUGAACAUGAAUUACAAAAUAGGAUGUUGGAAAACCCUCAACUUCAUCAAACUAUUGUUCAUAAAUUGCAACAAAUAUUACACCGGUGCAAUCCUUUUGUGCAUGUAUUUCGACAACUUGCUCAAGAACCAAAUAUUCAGAUAUGUUCUUUACUCAUUAAAGAGCGUCCUGCGAAUCAACCACAGUAUCAUCUUCCAACUGCAUCUCAAGUACCAACUAUUAUUGUUACUGCAGACACAGAAUCAAUGGCACGUGGCCGAGAUAUUAAAGUUGACACCAACACAAAAAAUCAUAAUGGCCAAAGUAUCUCUUGCAGAGAAUAUUAUAGUUUCAUGCUUCAGAUUCGUCCAAAUGAUCAGUCUGUAAUAUUACAAGCAGGACGACUUUUACAACAAUAUGUUGUAGAUAACUACGUUAAGAAUGAGACCGGAAGGUUACGAUGGAUUCGUAAUCAUCAAAACAACAUUCGUGCUGAAGUGUACAAAGGUUUGCAGGAUGCUUUGCAUGAAGGACAAACUCACGCAGAUACUGUUGGAAAGAGGACAAUAUUACCAUCGUCAUUUAUUGGUAAUCGUCGAGACUUGACACAACGAUAUCAAGAUGGUAUAGCAAUUGUUGCUCACAAUGGAAAACCUGAUAUUUUCCUUACAAUGACAUGCAAUCCAUCUUGGAGUGAAAUUUCUUCUGAACUACAAAAUCAACAAACUCCACAAGAUCGCCCUGACUUGCUCACAAGAAUCUUUCGAGCAAAAUUUGUGCAAUUGAAGGAAGAUGUUGUUAAUAAAGGAGUCCUCGGAAAAGUUAUUAGUUAUAUGUAUGUUACUGAAUUUCAAAAACGUGAGUUGCCGCAUGUACAUAUGCUAUUGAUCUUAGAUAAUAAUGAUAAGUUACGUGAUCCACAAGAUUAUGAUAGCAUUGUGAGGGCAGAAAUACCAAAUAAGGCAGAAGAACCACAAUUGCAUGAAGCUGUGUUGAAACACAUGAUACAUGGUCCUUGCGGAACUCUCAAUCCUAGAUCACCAUGUAUGAAGCACAAUUAA